UUUAUGUAGUGUAAAGAUGGCGUCGACGGUGUGUGUUUCUAGAUGCCGACUCUUAUCAAAAUUAGAAAUAAAUCGUGGUUUGUGUUUAUCACCGAUAUUUAGAGAUUUAUCAAAUAACAAAGAAUCGUGGUGUUGGAGAUGGCGGCCGACGCGUCGUGCUUUUUUUACAAGCAUUUGCGUGCAUGGAUCAAAAUCAACACCCACAAAGAUAGAAGAAAAACUUGAUGAUGGCAAAAGCAAAAAGGAAGCCGUUGCUGACCGGGAAAGCAACGUACCACAGAAGAUCGGGGACUGGGAGCAGCAGAGACGUCAAUCUUCCGCUCUAGCUCCCACGCAGCGCAUCCCCAAUAAGUCUGCCAAAGAAGUGUCGGUGACAUACAAACGCGGUCUGCCCGUCAUCACGGUGCCGCUGCCGUCGCGUCGGGAGCUAUGUCGGUUCACUCUACGACCUGUCUCGCAGACUGUGGGGGAUCUAUUGGAACAGCUAAAAGCGGAGGACCGCGGAGUGGAGCGUGCGGUCGCGAUGGCGGCUGACGACCGAGUGCGUAUCGCGUCCAGUGACACCGUCGAGGCGCUUCUGGAGAAUGACUUCAGACUCAUCAUUAACGAUACCGAAUACUAUGUGAAGAGUCCACCACAGGAGCGUAUAAGUGCUGAAGAAAUAACUCGGUUGAGUGACGUCAGAAACCUGGUGAACCAGCUGUACGAAGCCUUGAAUGUGAGAGAGCACCAGAUCAAGAAGGAACGGGAGUUACGGGCGCAGUUGGAGAAACUGUCCACUGAAUUACAACCGUUGGAAGAGAAACGCAUGUCCCUCGAAGUGGAAACGACCCGCAAGACGUCCGUCCUCACGUGGGUUGGGCUCGGUUUGAUGGGCGUGCAGUUUGGUGUACUAGCCCGACUCACCUGGUGGGAGUACUCGUGGGACAUCAUGGAGCCUGUCACGUACUUCGUCACGUACGGCACGGCUAUGGCCUUGUACGCGUACUUUGUGCUGACGAAACAGGAAUAUGUCUUGCCCGACGUCAAAGAUAGGCAGCACCUGAUUAUUUUGCACAAGAAAGCGAAAAAGAUUGGUUUGGACAUCAAUCAUUAUAAUCAGCUUAAGGAUGAGAUUGACAAACUCCAAAAGGACUUGAACCGUCUUCGCGAUCCGCUAAACAUUCACUUGCCACCACCAAUUAAAGCCGAAGAGAAGAGAUCGCCCUUGACCAAAAUCAAAGACAUGCUAGAGGAAACUACGAAAAAAAUAAAAAUCACGUAAUACAAGUUGUCUAUGGCGCGUCGGAAAACGCGCGAAACAUAGAUAGUAGAGUUUGUUGAAUCUGCGUUGUGCAUUUUUGAAUUUCGAAAUGUGUAUCGUGUUUUGUCUAGGGUAUAGUUUUUUUUUAAUGCGUUAGCUUUAAAUGUUGUUUCGCGCUCAUUUAGAUUAAAUUUAAUAUUAAUAUAAUCUGUUUUAUGAAUAAGUACUUUCUUCGUUUUUUUCUUCGAAACGUUUGGUUGUGUUGCUUCUUUUAAAAUAGGAUAAGUAUUACUUUCAUUAAUGAAAACUUGUUUUGUAAACCAAAAUAAAUGUUUUGCAAAACAUAAACAUAGGUAAAUAUAUUAUUUGAAAAAUAUACACUUAAAAGUUUACUGGAUUGUCUAUUUAAAGUUAUCAUUAUAAAUAUAAUUUAUAUUUAAACAUUGCUCAAGGCUAAAAUAAAAUUUAUAUUUGUUAAAAACAUAUUUCACUUUAAGAAAUAAAGUGAAAAAAAAUUACACGGUACACAUUUUGAAAAUAUAUGAGAUUUAAGCUGACAUUGCUGUUAAUACAUUGUUAAAGUUGUUUUUAAAACCAAAAACUAGAUAGAGGCUUGCCAAUUGAUAUGGAUACAUUUUUUUUUAGUUAUAUUUAUGAAAAAGUAAAAUACAUUAAUAAAUUUAAUAGUAAAAUACUUUAGUUAGGGAUGUUGACCAAAUGUUAACGAUAUAGUCCGAACACAAGUUAUCUUAUAGUAACAAAUACGUAUCCCGUUCAUUUAUAUUAUGUUUUAAUUUCAAUUCUUUGACAGUAUUAUAUUAUGUCUAUGAAAUGUUAUUUAACAAUGGAC